CGGGGAGGCAGAGGAGGCGAGGCGGGCGAUGGGGAAGGAGCCGCGCCGGUUGUUCUCCGGGCAUCGUUAGGGAGAGGGGAAGACCAGCGGGAAGGGGCGAGAAGGAAGAAGAAGGAGGAAAAAGGGAGGGCGUCCCCGGCCCCCGCCCCUUCUCCGCCGCGCUGAGGAGGGAGGGCGGACCGCGAUGCCCACCCGGCAUGGAGACCGCGGCGCGGCGGGGAUAAUGAAGUUUUGAACAGUGCCUCCCCAAGAAGUGUGAUGAGAAAUGGCUUUAGGAAACAAUACCCAGAGAAGUUAUUCCAUCAUUCCCUGCUUCAUCUUUGUUGAGCUUGUCAUCAUGGCCGGGACUGUUCUGCUCGCCUACUACUUCGAGUGCACCGAUACUUUCCAGGUGCAUAUCCAAGGUUUCUUCUGUCAGGACGGCAGUUUGAUGAAACCAUAUCCUGGGACGGAGGACGAGAGCUUCAUUUCUCCCCUUGUGCUCUACUGUGUGCUGGCAUCAACCCCAACAGCUAUUAUUUUUAUUGGUGAGAUAUCCAUGUAUUUCAUAAAGUCAACUCGAGAAACCCUAAUUAUUCAAGAGAAAACUAUUUUGACUGGAGAAUGCUGUUACCUGAACCCACUGCUUCGAAGAAUAAUACGUUUUAUAGGGGUGUUUGCAUUUGGACUUUUUGCCACUGACAUAUUUGUAAACGCUGGCCAGGUUGUGACUGGGAACUUGGCUCCCUACUUCCUGACUGUGUGUAAGCCCAACUACACUGGAAACGACUGUCGGGCCCACCACCAGUUCAUCAACAACGGCAACAUCUGCACGGGGGAUGUGGAGGUGAUUGAAAAGGCAAGAAGAUCCUUCCCAUCCAAACAUGCUGCUCUGAGCAUCUACUCAGCUUUAUAUGCCACGAUGUACAUCACAAGCACAAUUAAGACAAAGAGUAGCAGGCUAGCCAAACCUGUGCUGUGUCUGGGAACCCUGUGUGCUGCCUUCCUCACCGGGCUCAAUCGAGUUUCUGAGUACCGAAACCACUGUUCGGACGUGAUCGCAGGCUUCGUCUUGGGCAGUGCUGUAGCUUUGUUUCUGGGGCUAUGUGUUGUCCAUAACUUUAAAGGCACUCAUGGAGCUCCUUCUAAACCGAAGCCUGAAGACCCACGAGGAAUGCCACUAAUGGCUUUUCCAAGAGUGGAAAGUCCUCUGGAGACACUGAGUGCACAGAAUCACUCUGCCUCCAUGACUGAAGUAACCUGAGGUGGAAGAUUGGCCACAGAAGCUAUUUUUUAUUACCCUCCAGUACGAUACUCUAAGACACACAGUUACUAAAUGUCUAACUGUGAUGACCAGUAUUAUGUUAUGUCUAGUUAGAGGCUAAUGUUUUGUACUUUUUUUGUAUGAGGAAGUGACGUAGCUUGCCCUGAUUUUUUUGUCAGCUUUAAUAUUAUUAUGCCAGAAUUUAAAAGCAAAAUGGAAAAAGAAAAAAAAAAAACCCACAACAUUUUCUUGUUUAAAGUGUGCACUGAGGAACCACACCUAUGGAAUUGUUGAUGUUGUUAUGUGGUAUUUGUACACAAUUUUUUUUUUUUCAUUUUUUAAUUUAUAUAUCUUGGGGAAAAAAAAAAAUCACUUUUACCUUUUCUUACCAUAAGAAGUGCUUCUACCAGUGGUUCAGAUUCUGAUCUGAGCAAGCUCAGCAUUGAUCUGAAGUAACUGCAUUUAAGAGAACUGAGAUUAAAAUAGUGGUGAUCAGGAAUCUAACCCGAUGAUACCAUCCAUAAGGAAAAAAAUACCCAUCCUUGACUCAGUGAGCUGCUUAAGCAUUCCUUGGCAUAUGGAUGUCAGUUUGCCAUCUGCAUCCUUAAGCACCUCCCUGAGUCAAAGCCUGGUUGUUCUGGUGUGGGUGAUUGUGCUAGUUAAUCACAGAAUGACUAAAACAGCGUACUCGGUUUGCAAUAUAGACAGGCUGGACAUGGAAAUUUAUUAGUAGUAGCUGAUAGCAUGUGAGCUGACUAUACCAUCUCCCUAGAGAUCCCACCACAACCCUCCUGUUGUCACCUCCCGAGGCCCAGCUGAUGCUCCCAGUGGAACCUGGCUUCAGGAAUCGACUAUGGGGAUAUACAGCCACCACUGUGGAGCUGGGCUGUGCCUUCAGCGCCUCAUGACUUCAUCACCCAUUCGCAGGGGAACAGGUCACGCUGCCCGUGGGGAAGGGACCACACUUCUCCAGCAGAGCAGCAUCCCUUUGGCAUUCGGACUGGGGUAACUGACAAGCCAGUUGUGCCCCCCAACAGUGUCAUUUUCACUCGGGGGCGUUGGCAGCUCGAAAAGAAGAACCAAAACACUAACAGAGUCUGUAGUAGCAGUCUGCGUUUUUGUAAAUUCUGCCGUAUGGAAUUUAUAUCAAAACUGCUAUUGUACAGUUUAACAACUUUGUUUAAGGGGGAAAAAAAAGAAAAGAAAAAAAAAAAGACAAUGGGGGUGGGGGGAAGAACAAAAAAGAGCCCAUUUGUGAUGGCUAAAACUGGGGCAAAGGCUUAAUUAUGUGACUUUUCACUGUUCCUAGGAUUUUCCUGCAUCUCAUUCUUCUAGCAUGGUGAUAACUACUGUGUCUCCUUUAAAGAAUGGAGCCUUUGUCUGUACUUUUACUGGAAUGUUUACUUCACAUUUUCAUGUCCCUGGCUUUUUUUGUAUAUUUUUUUCCAAAACAGAUGAAAAAAAAAAAAAUUGUCAAAAAACAAAA